AUGGCUGAGGCUCAUUGCUCUCGUUAUUCAAUCCAUCCUAGCUCUACAAAAAUGUAUCUCGGUCUUAAAGAAAUCUACUGGUGGAAUGACAUAAAGAAAGAUAUAGCAGAAUAUGUGGCACAGUGCUUUAAUUAUCAGCAAGUGAAAGCGGAACAUCAGAGACCCGAUUGCCCAGCUCAAACCUUUAGUCUUCCUGUGUGGAAGUGGGAUGCUAUGAAUAUUUAUCACUUCAGCAUUGGCAUAGCUCCCUUGAAGAUCUACAUGGAAGACGAUGUAGAUCGCCUAUUGGUGUCGCCUAUGAAAGGCGUUAUGCGAUUUGGUAAGAAAGGUAAGUUAAGUCCCAGGUAUAUUGAACCCUAUAGAGUUAUUCGCAGAAUUGGCCAGGUAGCCUAUGAGCUAAAAUUACCUCCAGAGUUAGUUGCAGUGCAUCAUGUCUUUCAUGUGUCUAUGCUACGUAAAUACUUAGGAGAGUCAUCUCGUGUCAUCCCUAUAGAGGGUAUUAAGCUUGUUGGAGACUUAUCAUUUCCGGAAGUCCCUGUGGCUAUAUUGGAUCGGCAGGUUAGAAAGUUAAGAUCUAGAGGCAUAGCUUCUAUAAAGGUGCUGCGGAGAAACCAGAAUAUAGAAGAAGCCACUUGGGAAGCAGAAGCGGAUAUGAAAACUAAGUACCCUUAUUUAAUUCAAAAACUAUCUUAA